AUGCCCCCCUCACCCCUCUCCCCCACCACCUUCGCAACAACCCAACUCUCCCUCCUAACCACAGAACUCGAAUCCGAAGUCCUCACCACCACCACGCUCCUCACAUCCAGCACACCCACCGCCCUCUCCCGCGCCGGUCUCGCCCUCACCAACCUCCUCCUGGUCUCCCAACGCACCGGGCUCGGCGGCAAAACCGUCCUCGAGCUCUCCCCCGACCCCGCAACCGCUUCUGGGUCCGAAGACCUGCCUGAACAUGGCAUCCGCGUUGGCGAUCUCGUCGUCGUGGGUGAGCAGCCAUCGGGGAGCGCUAGGAAGAGGGAGAUUCAGGAGUUGGAGGGGAAGGGGAUGAGAGGUGUGGUUACGAGGGUGGGACGGAGGGCUGUUUGGGUGGCUGUUGAGGGGGAGGAAGGGCCGACGGGGAGGGUGUGGGUGGUGAAGUUGGCGGAUGAGGUUACGUUUAAACGGAUGAAUCAAGUAAUGACGCGGAUCCAGAAAAUGGGUUCAGAUGAGUAUUCCACGCUCAUACGCGUGUUAUUUGGUAUCGACUCCCCGACUCCGGUGCAGGAUGUCGGGGAUAUAGAGUGGGUUGAUGAUAGUCUUAAUGAGUCUCAGAAGGAUGCUAUUAGGUUUGCGCUGGGAUCGAGAGAGGUGGCGCUUAUUCAUGGUCCGCCGGGGACUGGGAAAACGCAUACGUUGAUUGAACUUAUACUUCAGAUGGUGAAGAGGGGGUUGAGGGUUUUGGUUUGUGGUCCUUCUAAUAUUUCGGUGGAUAAUAUUGUGGAGAGAUUGGCCCCCCACAAACUCCCCAUCGUCCGUCUCGGCCACCCCGCCCGCCUCCUCCCCUCAGUCCUCCACCACUCCCUCGAUAUCCUAACCCGCGACUCCUCCGCGGCAGAAAUAAUCCAAGACGUCCGCAAAGAAAUGGACACCAAACAGGCCUCAGUCCGCAAAACCAAAAGCGCACGUGAGCGCAAAGCCAUCUACCUAGAUCUCCGCGAACUACGCAAGGAAUUCCGGAAUCGGGAGCGGAAAUGUAUUAGUACGUUGAUUAAGGGCUCGAAAGUGGUGUUGGCGACGUUGCAUGGUGCGGGAGGGUAUCAGUUGAAGGAUGAGGUGUUUGAUGUUGUUGUUGUGGAUGAGGCUAGUCAGGCAUUGGAGGCUCAGUGUUGGGUUCCGUUGUGGAAGGCGAAGAAGGUUGUGCUUGCUGGUGAUCAUUUGCAGUUGCCGCCGACUAUCAAGUCGCUUAAUUCGAAGAGUAAGAGUGAGAUUAAGAGUGAGACGAAGAGUGAAGUAAAGAGUGAGGGGGGUGGAGGGGAGAUCAUUAAGGGUAUGACGCUGGAGACGACGCUUUUUGAUCGCUUGAUUGAGUUGUAUGGGGAUACUGUUAAGCGAAUGCUAACAACCCAAUACCGGAUGCACUCACUAAUAAUGCAAUUCCCCUCCGACACCCUCUACUCAUCCCUCCUCAUCGCGGCCAACUCCGUGAAAUCGCGUCUCCUAUCCACCCUUCCCUACGACGUACUAGAAACAGAAGAUACGACCGAACCGCUCAUAUUCUUCGAUACCCAAGGCGGUGAUUUUCCAGAAAAGAACGAGGAGGAAGAGGAAGAGAAAGGGAAGAAAGGGAGGUUGCUGGGGGAUAGUAAGAGUAAUGAGAUGGAGGCUUUGCUUGUGAGGAGACAUGUUGGGAAUUUGGUUGAGGCCGGGGUGAAGGAGGAGGAUAUUGCUAUUAUUACACCUUAUAAUGCGCAGCUCGCCCUAAUAAGCCGAACCAUAAAAGAAACAUUCCCCGGCAUCGAACUCGGAAGUGUCGACGGUUUCCAAGGCCGAGAAAAAGAAGCCAUAAUCGUAUCUUUGGUACGCAGCAACCCCGAAAAAGAAGUCGGCUUCUUGGGCGAGAAAAGAAGAUUAAAUGGCGAUUCCGAAACACUGUCCGGCAAUAACAAGUUUUUGAAAUCCUGGAUGGUGUUUUUAGAGGAGAAGGCCGAUUUGAGAUAUCCUGAUGUGGGGGAGUUGAACAGUAUAUCAUGA